AUCGUUCUCUCUCAAAUCAAACAAACUCACACCUCUUCCAAACUCAACUUCCAUCAAAUGGCUGCUACCAUGAACAUAUGUCACCACAACUUUCCGCUUAGCAACGACUACCAAACUGCAAAUCGCGGCCCGAGGUCGAGGGUUCGAGCCUUUCAAGAAGCUACACAAGAGGCUCAAAAACCUUCAAAAAUGACCACCCGUUUAGCAGAAUCAGUCUCCCACAUGUUGCAUCUUCAUAUUGAGAAACCAAAGCCAAAGAGCUUAAGGACAAUGAUUAAUUCACAUGAUAAGCCAAUUUUGUCACCUAAGGAAGAUAUUUCGGACAAAUGGCGCCAAAUUCAGGGCUCUUCUGGCUGGGGAGAUCUUCUUGAUCCUCUGCACCCCUGUCUUAGACGUGAGAUUCUUAAGUACGGGGAGUUCGCGCAAGCUACUUAUGAUGCUUUCGACUUCGAUUCCUUCUCGGAGUAUUGUGGGAGUUGUAGGUUCAGUCGAAACAAUUUGUUAAAUAAACUAGGACUUCAUUACCAUAACUACAAUGUUUCUAAGUACAUUUACGCCAUGUCACACGUUGACGUUCCUCAAUGGCUAAAGAAAUCCCACGUCAUGGACUCGUGGAGCCGGGACUCGAAUUGGAUGGGGUAUGUUGCGGUGAGUGAUGACAAGGAGUCUAGGAGAAUUGGGAGAAGAGAUAUAGUUGUGGCGUGGCGAGGCACUGUGGCGCCAACAGAGUGGUACGAGGAUUUACAGAGGAAAUUAGAGCCUAUUGGAGCAGGGGAAGCGAAAGUAGAACAUGGAUUCCUAAGCAUUUACAAGGCGAAAAACGAGUACACUAGGUAUAACAAGUCGAGUGCCUCGGAACAAGUUAUAACAGAACUGAAAAGGCUGGUGAAAUUGUACAAAGAAAGAGGUGAGGAGGUGAGCAUUACAGUGACUGGCCACAGUCUUGGUGGCGCAUUGGCAGUGCUCAACGCGUAUGAGACCGCGACUCUUGUUCCUAAUGUGCCCAUCACGGUGGUUUCAUUUGGGGCGCCUAGAGUUGGGAAUAUAGCAUUUAGAGACGAGUUGCAUCAGAAAGGGGUCAAGACAUUGCGGAUUGUUGUGAAGCAGGAUUUUGUGCCUCGGAUGCCUGGGAUUGUGCUUAAUGAAAGCCUGCAGAAAUUUGAUGACAUAACUGGGACACUAGAGUGGGUUUAUGCACAUGUUGGAGCUGAACUGAAGCUUGAUGUUCGCGCUUCACCUUACCUUAAACGAGGAUUCAACGUACUAGGGUACCAUAGCCUGGAAACAUACCUUCAUCUGGUGGAUGGAUUUGUGAGCACAGAGUCAUCGUUCCGGACAGAAGCUAGAAGGGAUGUUGCACUGGUAAACAAGGCAUGCGAUAUGCUAGUGGAAGAAUUAAGAAUUCCACAUUUUUGGUAUCAAAUGGCUAACAAGGGGUUAGUAUGUAAUGAUCAUGGAAGGUGGGUAAAACCCGAAAGGGACCCUGAAGAUGUGCCUUCACCUACUAGUGAAGGACAGUAUAAUGUAUUUCAUCACUUAGAAUCUAAUUAUCAAGGAGCUUGAAUCAUUCAUAUAA